UCUGAAAGUAAACAUAUUUUGCUCUUCUGCGUUAUUGUAGGACCAGACAAGUUAGAACAGUUAACAGACAAUAGUAUUUAAAAGUGUGUGAGUAUUUUGAGUCACUGUCAAGGGUGAUUAGAUUGUAGCUAUUUAUUUUUAGUGAAGUUAUAACUCAGCUCUCUAGCUCAAUUUUUACACUGCCAACGCAACGCGGAAAGAACAUACAGGUAGUAACGUUAUAAAGUGAAGUUUCUGGCUAGCCAAUUAAGUUAAUGUGGUAACUAAUGUUAACUACUUCAUUUCUUCGUAUGAAUUUCUUGCUCUUCUAUCAAAAGUAUUCGGCUUCCUCCAUGUGCAUAGAAAAAGCUAACAAAUAUUUGUAUGGUUAACGUGCUAGUUUCCCGGCCAACGCCUUUCUCCCUUCCUUUUUUCUCAUGCUCGUCGUCGCACACAUUUCGUUUGAAAAUGUGUCGUAGUUGACAGAAUUCUGCGUCAAGCGCUUGACAGACACAGCAAUACAAUUUUGUAGAAUUAGGGAUGACAUUCUUUCUUUUUACUGAACACCUUCGUUUUUUCCAUUUGGUCGGCUUGUCAAAAGCCAGGUAGAUUAUAAGAGACAUUUUCAUAGGUUUUACCUGCUGGGAUCAAAAUGGGUUGCACACUAAGUGCCGAAGAUAAAGCUGCCAUGGAGAGGAGUAAAAAUAUUGAUCGGAAUCUGAGAGAAGCUGGCGAAAAGGCAUCAAGUGAAGUCAAACUGUUGCUUCUAGGUGCUGGAGAGUCUGGGAAAAGCACAAUUGUAAAGCAGAUGAAAAUUAUCCAUGAGGACGGGUACACACAGGAGGAGUGCAGCCAGUACAGAGUGGUGGUUUACAGCAACACCAUCCAGUCCAUCAUCGCCAUCAUCAGAGCUAUGGGCAGGCUGAGCAUAGACUUUGGGGACACAGCACGAUCAGAUGAUGCCCGCCAGCUUUUUGCCUUGGCCAGCUCUGCAGAGGAAGGGGUCAUGACCCCUGAACUGGCUGGGGUCAUCAAGAGGUUAUGGCAGGACGGAGGGGUCCAGAUCUGCUUUGGCAGGUCUAGAGAAUACCAGCUUAACGACUCCGCCUCAUAUUACCUGAAUGACCUGGACAGGAUAUCCCAGCAGAACUACGUGCCCACGCAGCAGGAUGUCCUGCGCACCAGAGUCAAGACCACCGGCAUUGUGGAGACACAUUUCACAUUCAAGGACCUCUACUUCAAGAUGUUUGAUGUGGGGGGUCAGAGGUCCGAGAGGAAGAAGUGGAUCCACUGCUUUGAGGGAGUCACAGCCAUCAUCUUCUGUGUUGCGCUCAGUGACUAUGACCUGGUGUUGGCUGAGGAUGAGGAGAUGAACCGUAUGCACGAGAGCAUGAAGCUGUUUGACUCCAUCUGCAACAACAAGUGGUUCACGGGCACCUCAGUCAUCCUCUUUCUCAACAAGAAGGAUCUGUUUGAGGACAAGAUCCAAAAGAGCCCCCUCACUAUCUGCUACCCAGAGUACUCUGGUUCAAACGUAUUCAAAGAGGCGUCAACCUACAUUCAGUGUCAGUUUGAGGACUUGAACAAGCGUAAGGAUACAAAGGAGAUCUACACCCAUUUCACUUGUGCUACUGACACUAAGAACGUGCAGUUUGUCUUUGACUCUGUCACUGACGUCAUCAUUAAAGCCAACCUGAAGGAGGUCGGCUUGUACUGAGACUCCUGCAACAUCAUCUGUCUUGUCAUCAUUGGGGCGGGAGUGUUUAGGAAUCACACAUUUACAGGUGUAAAUCAAUCAUUGCCUUUUUGACAGUUAGACCAUAUACAGGAUGGGUUUUUAGACCAUAAACUGUUGCCAUAAUGUAUGAAUCCUUGGAUAUUUCAAAACAAGAUUACAUGGAGCACUUAUGUGGUUUUGGUUUUCUAUAUUUUUGCUGUUAUGGAUUCCUUAGCUAUGGACUGAUUUUCUGUAAAAUGUAUUUAAAACAUUCUGCACUUUUUAGGCUUUCAGCAUUCACUGUAAAGGGUUCAAAUGUAUUAAUUACAUUGUAAAUGUUGAAUAAGGGAUCACAACUAUUAUGCAUUUUCUGAGUUUUGACAACAUAUCUUUAUAACUGUAUACACUGAGGGUACAAAACAUUAGGAGCACCUUCCUAAUAUUGAGUUGCACCCCCCUUUGCCCCUUUGGAAUAGCCUCAAUUUGUUGGCGUAUGGACUCUACAAGAUGUUCCACAUGGAUGCUGGCCCAUGUUGACACCAAUACUUCCACAAUUGUGUCAAGUUAGCUGUAUGUCCUUUAACCUUUACGUGAUGGGCCAUUCUUGAUACACACGGGAAACUGUUGUGUGAAAAACCCAGCAGUGUUGCAGUUCUUGGCACACUACUACCAUACCCUGUUCAAAGGCACUUAAAUAUUUUGUCUUCCCAUUCACCCUCUGAAUGGCACACAUACACAAUCCAUUUCUCAAUUGUCUCAAGGCUUAAAAAUCCUUCUUUAACCUGUAUCCUCCCCUUUUAUCUACACUGAUUUGAAGUGGAUUAAACAAGUGAUCAAUAAGCGAUCAUAGCAUUCACCUGGUCAGUCUAUGUCAUGGAAAGAGUAGAUUUUCCUAGUGUUUUGUACACUUAGUGUAAAUGGUCAUUGCUCAACCUAAAUUGUUGUUGUGGAAUUGUCUACUAGUGUUAAUCAGUAUUCUCGUGGGGAUUUUAAUGUGCUGAAUUCUGAUUGUUUUAAUAUAUCACCAUUCAGAUCGUUACAUAACACUGAAGUAUUAUACUAGCUCUUAGCGGACUGUGAGACAUCACUUGAUAAUUUAAAACCACUUUUAAAGAAAAAGCUUUUUUUUAAUGGUUGCCUUAACUUGUAUUAUGUUAUUUUGGAUAGAACUAUUUUGUAUAAAGAUUAUUAUGGCCUUUCGCUGAAGACAAUGGCCUUAAUAUAAGCUAAAAGUAUUUGCCUGGAAGCCAUUUUAAAUGCUCCUCCUUUUGAAAACAUGCUUUUUUAAACAAUUUUACCAGAUGAGUUGACUGAAAAUAUCUUCUUAUUUAUAGCAAAGGCCUGGGGAAAGUUACAGAAGUCCAGAGGACUAAUUCCCUCAUUAUGUCGAUCACAAAAGUUGUUUUGUUGAGAUCACGAGAAACUAUAUAAAUGGGAGUAGACGUAUUGAUUAACAGUAUGACUGAGGUGGCAGAGCCCACAGUGGAUCAGCGCAUACGUUUUUAUUGAUUGCUACACUAAGGGAUGCUACAUUUAAUACUAACCUCAUGCUUUCAUUUGUGUUUUGAGCUCAUUAUCCGUUUAUAAGUUAGCUUGAUAACAUUCUAUGUUACCUUGAGCUAAAAGCUCAUGUGGCAGCUAAGCCCCUCAUGGUGCAUUUAAACCCUGAACGAUGCCUGACAGGCACCUCUGUCUCCCAGGCUGUAUGCCACAUCAAAGACCACAGCCAAUUGCAUGCAAGCAACAACGCAGCUUACUUGGCUAGUCUUGUGAGCGAGUUAGCUAGGUAGUCUUGUUAUCUAUGCUGGUUGUUAGCUUGCAUAACUGACGUGUAUAAUUGUAAGGGGCACUUUGUUUUAUGGAUAAUAUUUACAUUUACAGAGUGGGUGAGCUCUAAUCCUGACAGGCUGAUCGGAUUCAAAGUAGCCUCAGUCUGAAAUGUCAGGAUGCUGACUUGUAGGUUGUUUCAUAGGUGCAUUAUGCAUAUGAUCAAGAGUGGGUGCACUCUAUUCCUGGCCAGCUGAUCACAUUCAGUAGUAGUGUCUGAGGCUGAUCAGUCAGGAUGCUGCCUUGUAGGCUGUCUGCAAGGAACCUUACAUAUGAAACCGCCUACAAGGCAGCAUCCUGAUUUAUCAGCCUCUAAGGCUGAAAUUGAAUCUGAUCAGCCUGUCAGGAAUGGAUAUCACUCACUGUAAAUGUUAUAUUAAAUUACCUUUUUAUAAUUAUACACAUCAGUUAUGCAAUAUAAAAAGUUAGCUAGCUCACAAGACUAGCCUAGUUAGUUGCGUUGUUCCUUGCAUGAGAUUGGCUGUGGUCUUCGGGGCGGCACGCAGCCUGGGAGACGCUGCUGCCUGUCAGGCAGCAUUCAGGGCUUAAAUGUCCCGCAUUACCUUUAACGCAGCCACAGGGCUCUUUGAUAAGGUGGCCAUCGUGCAUCUGCACAUAUGAAUGGAUGAUGUGUGCUACUUUUGGUGAUCUUGACAAAACAACUUUUGUUAUGUAGAAAUCAUGAGAUAAAUACAUAAGUCAUGAUCUCGGCAUAAGGAGGGAAUUGUAUUUUUAUUCAUAUGUCCUCUGGGCUUCUGUAGAAAGUUACAAAAUUUUUUAUAAAAAUACAUAGUUAACCUACAAAAUAUAUAAGCAAGCAAAAAACAAUUGCUUUUUGGACAUUUGAACAGUUGUCUAAAUUGAACACAAUGAAUGUUCCUUCUUGCAUUAAAAUGGAAUGUGGCCCAAA